UGUAUAUCCGACUGCCAACAGUGAGGUGGAAGCAAUGUGAGAGUGGACAGUGAGAGAACAGUUUCUGUACUCGACCACCGUCAUGACGACGAAGAUGCUGCUGUCUCUGGUGCUGCACUGCUUCUACGUGGCCACCACCGCUUCUAUACCUAGUGGAGGUUUAGGGGUCCUUCCUGGAGUAGGGGGCGGUGGUGAGGGAGUGGUGAGACCCGAGCGACCCUACUUCGAUGAUGUAUCGCCCAGGAACGUAUCGGCGGUUGUUGGACAAGCCGCCGUGCUCAGAUGCAGAGCUAAGCAUAUAGGGAAUAGAACGGUAUCCUGGAUGAGAAAACGCGAUCUUCACAUUCUAACCUCUCACAUCUUCACGUACACGGGAGAUGCGAGGUUCAGCGUGCUACAUCCGGAGCCGUCUGACGACUGGGAUCUUAAGAUCGACUACGUCCAACCUCGGGAUGCUGGCGUAUACGAAUGCCAGAUCAACACCGAGCCAAAAAUCAAUAUGGCCGUCAUACUCACUGUUGAAGCAGAUCAAAAAUACCCGGACCGAUACAAACAAUCAUACUAUGACUACAAAUCGGCGGCGGCUACUAUUACGGGAUCCCAGGAUGUGUAUGUGAAGAAAGGUAGCACGAUAUCACUGACAUGUUCAGUGAAUGUGCACUCCUCGCCGCCAUCGAGUGCCUCAGUAUUGUGGUACCAUGGCAAUUCAGUGGUAGACUUCGACUCCCCUCGAGGGGGCAUCAGCUUGGAGACAGAGAAGACGGAAGGGGGUACUACCAGCAAACUGCUGGUCACCAAGGCCGCUCUUACCGACUCCGGGAAUUACACUUGUGUGCCGAACAAUGCUCAUCCAGCCUCCGUCUCGGUACACGUGCUUAAUGGCGAACACCCAGCCGCUAUGCAGACAAGUAACCGAGCAUCAUCCUACCUCACGUCCCAGCUGAGCUGUGCAGUAGUCACCUACCUUUUAUCCUCGAUGGUGUGCAGAUGAUCAGCUGAAAGCGUUUCAGCUGGACGCGGGGCGGUACUUCUGAUUGUACUUCUUUUAAUCUAUAAAUAAUUUCUU